UUGGCGACAGCGAAAGCUUCACGUUACUUGCAGGAACACUAAAGAAAGGAGGAAAAGCGGCCAGCGGGAUACACACACUGAUUUUAUUGAGAAAAGCUGUCAUAUAAUCUACAGACGCUGGUAUCUCAGAAAACAUCUCCCCUGUGAAGCCUGUGGCGAAGUUCAUCGUGGAAUGUGCUGGCAGCAGUGACUGGUUCAGUGGCAGCGGUGCCAACAGCUGUCAUCCCAUGAGCUUUCCUCUGGCCUGAGCUGUGUGCUUUGGGCUCCGGCCUGGUUCAUCUGGAUCUCUGUGCUUCGGCACUGCAGUCAUGGAUCACCCCAGAGAGAAGGAGGGUGAAAGGCCAGUGAGGAGCAGUAAAGUGGCCCAGGGGCGCAGCGGGCACUCGCGGCCCUCCAGCUCCUCCACGUCCUCUGGGGUCCUUAUGGUGGGACCAAACUUCAGAGUUGGCAAGAAGAUUGGCUGUGGCAACUUUGGAGAGCUGAAGCUUGGAAAGAACCUCUAUACCAAUGAGUAUGUUGCAAUAAAGUUGGAACCUGUGAAAUCGAGGGCCCCACAGCUACAUUUGGAGUACCGGUUCUACAAAACAUUAGGCAGUGCUGUUGAAGGUCUGCCUCAGGUCUAUUAUUUUGGGCCCUGUGGGAAAUACAAUGCCAUGGUUCUGGAGCUGCUGGGCCCCAGUCUUGAAGAUCUCUUUGACUUGUGUGACAGAACAUUCUCCCUCAAGACCGUCCUGAUGAUCGCCAUUCAGCUGAUUUCUCGCAUGGAGUAUGUGCAUUCUAAAAACCUCAUCUAUAGGGACGUGAAGCCAGAGAACUUCCUCAUCGGACGACAAGGAAACAAGAAGGAGCACAUAAUUCAUAUUAUAGACUUUGGCCUUGCGAAAGAAUACAUCGACCCAGAAACCAAAAAACACAUUCCAUACCGGGAGCACAAGAGCCUCACCGGCACGGCUCGAUACAUGUCUAUUAAUACUCACUUAGGGAAGGAGCAAAGUCGGAGGGAUGACCUCGAGGCGUUGGGUCACAUGUUCAUGUAUUUCCUCCGGGGUAGUCUCCCCUGGCAGGGAUUAAAAGCUGACACAUUAAAAGAACGCUACCAGAAGAUUGGGGACACAAAACGAAACACUCCCAUUGAGGUUCUCUGUGAGAACUUUCCUGAGGAGAUGGCCACCUAUCUGCGCUAUGUCAGGCGGUUGGAUUUCUUUGAGAAGCCGGAUUACGAAUACUUGCGGACCUUGUUUACGGAGUUGUUUGAACGAAAAGGAUAUACCUUUGAUUACUCUUACGACUGGGUUGGCAGACAGAUUCCCACGCCAGUGGGGUCGGUCCACGUGGACUCAGGGGCAUCGGCCAUCACGCGUGAUAGCCACGCACACAGAGACCGACCCUCCCAGCACCAGCCCUUAAGGAACCAGACGGCCAUCUCCGACCGCAGAGGAGCUUGGGAGGUGCAGCCCAACCGGCAGACAAACUCCUCGUAUCUGACCUCCCACCUGGCAGCGGACAGGCACGGAGGCUCAGUGCAGGUGGUGAGUUCGACUAAUGGCGAACUGAAUGCAGAUGACCCGCUGGCGGCCCACUCAAACGUACCAAUUGCUGCACAGGCAGAGGUGGAGGUGGUGGAUGAGGCCAACUGCGUGAAAAUGCUCAACCUGUGGUGCUGCUGUUUCUUCAAGAGGAAGAGGAAGAAGAACACGCCACGACACAAAUGAACCUCCGGCCUCUCCACGCAGACCUGUUCCUUUGCUUGUUUUUAGAGCGUUCAAAUAAAGAAAUUUUACAAGCCGACAACAGCGAGCCCUCAAAACGCUUCAAGGGGGACCUACGUUCGAAAACGAAGAGGCAUGCACACGUUGUCUCUAUGGGGAUUGGCUUUAAUUUUUGUUCGUGUUUUCUUCCACAUGUUAAUUUUGGCAGCGACAUGCCUCCAGACCAUCUUCCUCAGACUGUCUCUGGGAUAUUCACACAAGAAAAGAAAAAAUCAAACAGCUCUGCACUUCAUUUGCUGUCUCGCCUAUUUAGCAUUCUCCUUGUCCCUGGUGGUGGACGUUAAGGCGAGGAAGUCUCUGAAUGUGCCCUCUCGUAUUCUUCCUCCAUGACGGACACAGUUCUAGCCCAUUGUGUGAUAUAGACGGAGAGAGAGAAAGUCACUCAACUUUUUCCACCACCAACUCGCAACUCUCAACGCGGCUAGCACACGACCCAUUUCUGUCUGCUUAACCCUUCUUUUAAAUGUUUGGAUAUUUGUCGGCUGAUUGUUGGUUCUCACGCUGCAGGAAGUGGUCCAAGCCUUAGAAUAUGAUUAGCAUUUGACGUCUAUCGGAGUGAUUUAACGUGCACAGGCGAGUAAUAAGCAAAUAAAUGUUGUAAUGAUGGCCUUUACACGUGAACUUUGUGAAAGUGUGACGUAAGCAGCUCUGUUUCCAGUGGUAAGGGGAGUGAUGCGUGCGAUGGGGUGCUGGGACAGCGCAGAUUUCGAGUGAAUGUGAUGUUCCAUUGACUAGUUUUUAAGCUGCUUGUUCUAAAGCACUCCUGCCACUACAAACCCACCAGCCAGUCAUGCUGCUUUCUCCUUUUACGAUAUCGUACUGCUUUGACGUAAAUCUGGCUGCUUUCCUAGCCAAAGUGGCCAGUAAGACUUUCCGUCUCUUCGCUUUUGUGGUUCUCUUUUGUAUCGGAAAACACACACUUUCUGUCAUUAUAGUCGGGUUAUUAUUUUCAGAAACAAUCCCUGAUAAACAUUGGGUUUUUUUAUACCAGAAAACUGCUUAUAAUUCAGAAUGAGAAUAACCGUGUUUUAGUUUUUUUGUGCCGGUGUGGCUUAUGGGUCUAUUGACUCAACGUGUUCAUUUAAAUCAGAGGAAAAUUCAACUUGCUUUUUUAGCAACCGUUAGUAGUUGUGGAUGACUCCAGAAGUGAAAUAAGGUGAAAUCUGGGAGGAUGCAGACUGACUAUAGUGACUGCCACUGCAAAGCAUCUCGAUUCAAUGCCUUAACACUACUACUCGAGUCUCUCUGCAAUACGACGUUACAAAACUCCUCCCAUGCCUUCAUACCAAUGUGAUGCAUGCGGCGUCUCAGUUCCUUUCAGGAGGUUUGAGUCACUGAAUCUAAUGAAUAUGAAUCGGAUUAUGUGUCAGAAAGUGAUAAAAAGAGGCCCAUCUUUGUAAAUGCUCGUGAUAUUGUUAAUAGUGGCCAUAAGCAGCUUGGAGACGGGGCAGCCCUUGACCUCUUAUACAUAGGAUGAGGCAGUCCUUUCCCAAGCUCAAUAUUUAAUGGGACAGUUCACCCAAAAAUUACAAUUCUGUCAUUAACUCACCCUCAUAUUGUUUCAAAACCGUUUGACUUGUUUUCUUCUGUGGAAAAAACGAAGGAAGAAAGUAAGCCAGACAAGUUUGGAACAACAGUAGGGCUGAGUAAAUUACAGAAUUGUCAUUUUUGAGUGAACUACCCCUUUCAGACAGGGAUUAUUAGAUUAUAAAAAUGUGGUUAUAUGAUAAACGAUUGCUGUAGUUUUGGUUGUUGUUGUUGUUGUUGUUUUACUGAGAGAACAGACGCUAUAAUCUCAGUCGUAAUGUUGCCUUGCUCAUCUUUUUGUUUCUCUUUCGCCAUUCACCUAUUCACAGCAUUAAAUCCAUGUUUUAAUUUUGUGCUCUUUCUAAUGUAUAGUAAAUGUGAAUUAAUGUAAGAUAAAUUAUAUUACUAUUAUUUUAUUGCGAUCACCAUACAAACGUUGAGAGUGAAGCCAUAUGAGUGUGAGACUGCACUAAAGCUUUGUUCGCCCCUUGUUUACCAUAUUAACCUGUGCAUUACUGUAUUGAACCGACCGUCUAUCGUAAAGAAUAGAGGCUGUUUGAGGAAUCAAAAUGUGUCCAGUACGUUCGAAACCCUUGGUAGAACCGAGACGUUUCGGCAUAGAAGAUUGAAAAACAGUGGACAAAUGAUCGUUUUGUUGAUCAUAUUGAUAUCUCAAAAAGGGCGUAGUAUCUUCCACUCCUUGACUCAUCGACUGAGUUAUCCAGCCCUGGCUUUUUGUGUAAAUAGUUAACUGGCGAGCUCCCAGAUGUCCUAAAUGCCAUUUGUCGUCACUGGCCUUCUGUUCCUUCUAGAAUUAUGCUUACUGAACGUUUAGGGUCGGAGUUGACCGGAAUUGCGUUUGAAUAUGACAUGCAUGUUGGGUUGGUUGGUAAUAGUGGAGCUAACCAACCAUUUUCACCAGUGAAAGUUAUUUAAAAUAUUUACCUUAUGCUUAUCCACUGUGAUGCAGGUCACUUUGGCUCUAAAUUAUUCUGUGAAAAGUACUUGAAUGAUACGCUUGGAAAUCCACUUGCGCAGAUGCAUCGAGAGAUGCCUCCCGUAAGGCUUAUUAUUUAACAUUCUUCUCUUCAUAUGUAUUACGUGCCUCGCUAGAGUUGGAAGACGAUGUAGUAUUUUUUUGGGAUGUGGACUGCUUGCUAUUGCCAGGUGCAUCUGGCUGUAAGGAGAAUGAAUUUGCAAGACAAGUUUUCCCUCUUUUAACCCCUUAAUUCUUAUUGACUCUCUUCCAAAGUGAAAAAAUGCGAGGCCUUGGCUAGUUACAGAGCCACUUGUUGGAAAUGUUUUGUGGAUAAUAAGCAGUGAAAUUGUUUAGUUUGUUGUCUGAGAAUGGUUUGAAAAGGGAUAGUUCACCCAGAAAUGGAAAUUCGAUCAGUAAACGAUGACAGAAUUGUAAUCUUUGAGUGAACUAUCGCUUUAAUCUUCGAAAUUAUGGUUUAGGCGGAUGUCCUUUGGGAUUAAAAGUGAACAAUGGUGAACAAAGACACCAUCUGCUGGUUGUUUGGUUGUUUAAAUGUAAGACACUACACUUGACACUGAAAUCACACUCCCAAUAUUGUGUAUAUGAAGUACUUUCAAUGAUGGAUGGCUAGAUAAUUCGAUCAUAAUGAUUACUGGCUCUAUUGUCGCUGCAAGGUAAUUAUUUAAAACCAUCUUUCAUUUUAUUUUAGUUUUCCCUUUUUUUUAAAUGGUUGUACCAUAUGUUUUUGUACCUUUUAUUUGAAUAAAGAUGGUAUCCUUAGUUAUGGCCUUCUAAGUCUAUUUGAGGUUUAAUGUGAAAUGUAAAAUCCAUUUAGAAAGCCCAGUCCAUCUCUGGCCUUUGCUUUUGCAUCACAGUUCUGAUGUUGGGAAUUUACACACAGAAAGGCUAUUCUCAUAUAGAACAAAGUUCAUGGGAUUUAUUGUCAAUGCAGAUUCUACGUGCAUGGCUUUUGAUUCCGAAAGCAAUGGAAACUACUUAUAAAUGGGGCACUGAAGAACAUUGUGGGCAUGAAGUUGAUACGCUGUUAUUCUGUGGCUGCGUAAUGCCUUUAAACACUACUGCAAGGCCGUGAGUCUGACCCUCUGUAAGCUUGAGUUCUGCAGGUAAAUCUCCACUGCAUACUAUUUUGCCGCUGUAUACUGUAUCGCAUUUCCAUUGUGUCUGCUACAGAGUCAUAGCUUUUUUUCUCAAAUGUCAAUCAUUCCUGUGUCUAUUUCAGUUCAUGUGGGAACUUGUUGAACAAUUAAUAUUUUUGUUGUAACUGAACUGAUUGUUCUGGAUUAACUGUUCCUUUUUUUUAAUGACCUCUGAAUGAUGAUUAUAUUACAAGACUCUGGAUAGGAAAGCACUGAAAUAUUUGAAUUCAUUUUUGUUUUUUUACUUUUUGUAGUGUUUGUUUCAGUAAGAAAGAUUGACAAAAUUGCGUUUCUGUACUUUAAACAUUAAAAACGUAAUUGUACAGUACUGCAAGAGUCAUCCGCUCUCUUGUUCUGGUUAUACUUACAAAGAUACUUUACAUUUCAUUGUAUUAUGGCUUUAUUGUGUUGAAAUAUGAAUGUUACUUAAAUGUAUUUCAAUGAUUUUACUUUGUCAAGGGCUUCAACUGUGAUGGACCCAUCUUCUCCUCUUUUUCUCUUCACUCUCUUUAAAUAUAUUUUGGUUUUUACGUUGCAGAAAGAUUAAGGCCUAAAUCUUUAUCUUAAUCUUAAAAUGCCUAUUUUCCUGAGGAGUCAUAUAAAGUUCCAUACAUAACCCUUCAAAUACAUUUUUUUAUUCCCUCCACUCUUAAAGGGAAACUCAAGUUUGCACCCCUUUUUUAUGUAAAAUAAAAGAAAAAUGCCUCAACCUCA